UUAAUUAUCUAAUCGUAAGUGCAUAACGAAUACAAUUUUUCAACAUCUGUGUUUUAAACUGACUUCAAGAAACUAAAAGAUCAUUAUGGUCAAUCUUAGCUCCACGUAGAUGACUCUUGUUCCAUAAUCAGAUAUUCUACAAAGCGAACCAUCACAUUUGUUGAAAAUGAUUACAAUUAAAAACGUCUUAUGCAACCAAUUAGUGAAGAGGUGUUCUUUCGCUUUAAGAUCAUCUGAAAUAAGGUUUUUAUUCAUGUUAUUUACUAUGAUUGUUACCUUGACGCUCGUAACAGUUGUGCAUGCGGUCAUUCACGUUCAGUCUCCGAGCGACCCUGUUCUAAGAACUAGUUUUACCAUCGAUGACAAUGAACUGGAAUUUGGAAAUAUUCCGAAAGCAUUAAGAUUCGAUUGCCAUCCGGAGGAUGGUGCAUCACAGUUGUCUUGUACAAAUCGUGGGUGCUGCUGGGACCCGAUGGAUGACGUUAAUGACAGCGGAAAUUUGUAUGCAUUGGAUGCGCCUGUCUGCUACUAUCCAGAGAAUUGGCCCAGUUAUGAAUUUAUCAAUUCAACGAUCGAGGGAAAGGAUUUCUCAGGAUUUUUAACACGAAAAGUAAAAUCUUUCUAUAACAAUGAUAUACCCAUUAUUAAAAUGGAAACUACGACACUGAGCCAUUCUAUUUUACGCGUAAAGAUUCACGAUCCUCAGAGUCCACGUUACGAACCUCCGUGGCCUGUCAAAUCGAACUGGAAAAUUUCAAAUGUGAAAGAUUCAUCUCCCAAAUACAUUUUUCAAACGGAUUCCUCGAGACCAGGUUUUGCGAUUAAACGUGCAGCAGAUAACAAUACUAUAUUUGACGCUAUUGGAAAAGGAGGUUUUAUAUUCUCAGAUCAGUUCCUUCAAAUAAGUUCUCUGCUACCAUCGCACAAUGUUUAUGGUUUGGGUGAACAUAGAACAAGGCUCAAGCUCAAUACCAAUUGGAAUUCUUUCACAAUGUUCAAUAAGGAUCAACCUCCUACAGAGCGGGUAAAUCUAUACAGCUCGCAUCCCUUCUAUAUUGUCAUUGAAGAAUCCGGUGACUGCCACGGGGUCUUAUUUCUAAACAGUAACGCAAUGGACAUUAUACUGCAGCCAGCUCCGGCUAUAACAUUUAGGACGAUAGGCGGCAUCUUCGAUUUUUAUUUUUUUAUGGGUCCCACGCCUGCAGAUGUUCUUAGACAGUACGCUGAAGUAGUUGGAAAACCUUUUUUUCCACCUUAUUGGUCUCUGGGCUUCCAUCUGUGCCAACUUGGAUAUGGGAGUGUUUCUAAAACCAGAGAAGUUUGGAACCGAACACGAAAUGCCCGGAUACCAUUUGACACGCAAUGGAACGACAUAGACUACAUGGAAAACAGAAAUGAUUUCACUUAUGAUAAGAAGAAUUUCAAAGACUUGCCCCAGUUUGUUGACGAGAUUCACUUGGCGGGAAUGCACUAUAUUCCAAUGAUAGAUGCUGGCAUUGCAGCGGCAGAAAAGGCGGGUACUUAUCUACCUUAUGACGAAGGCUUACGUGACGAUGUAUUUGUCAAAGAUGCAGAAACGAAUCAGCCCUUUAUUGGAAAAGUUUGGAAUCCAAUCGCUACUGUAUGGCCCGACUUCACGCAUCCAAAAAGUGCAAUGUACUAUUUUCGUAUGCUGAAGACUAUGCACGAUAUGUUUGCAUUCGAUGGAUUGUGGAUCGAUAUGAACGAGCCAUCCAACUUUUUGAAUGGUAAAGUCAACGGUUGCACGUAUAACAAGUUCGACUAUCCGCAAUAUGUGCCGCAUGUCGUUGAUAGAUUGCUUGCCACCAAGACAUUAUGUAUGAAUGCCAAGCACCACCUGGACUCGCAUUACAAUCUUCAUAACACCUAUGGCACUGGACAAGCAAUUGUCUCAAAUUUAGCUAUGAAGAAAAUCAGAAUGAAAAGACCUUUCAUAAUAUCAAGGGCAACUUGGGAAGGCGCUGGACAUUAUGCAGGACACUGGACUGGAGAUGUUUAUUCGUCAUGGCAUGAUUUGCGAAUGAGCAUUCCAGAGGUGUUGGCUUACAGUUUAUUCCAAGUACCUAUGGUAGGUGCAGACAUUUGCGGUUUUGAUGGCAACACAUCUGUACCUCUUUGUAAUCGUUGGGUACAGCUGGGUGCCUUUUAUCCGUUUGCCCGAAACCACAACUCCGACGAUACAAUUGUGCAAGAUCCUGUCGCCAUGGGAGCUUUGGUGGUGAAAUCCGCCAGAAAAGCGUUAUUGAUCCGUUAUAGAUUUUUGCCGUACUUGUAUACGCUCUUUUUUAAAGCUCACAAGUUUGGUGAUACAGUGGCGAGACCGUUGUUUGUUGAAUUUACCAAUGAUAAGAAUACGUACAACAUUGAUAAGCAAUUUUUAUGGGGAAAAUCUUUGAUGAUUAUACCUGUCUUGGAAGAGAAUAAGGUUGAAGUAACGGCUUACAUUCCACCUGGUCCAUGGUACGACUUCUACACUAAGGCUUUUAUUUCCUCGACGGGAAAAAAUUUCACCCUAAAAGCUCCACUGGACACAAUACCACUGAUGAUUCGUGGUGGUUCAAUAUUGCCAGGACAAACUCCAAACGUCACUACAACCCUGAGCCGAAAAAAUAAAUUUGAACUACUUGUUGCAUUAGAUUAUAAAGGAUUAGCCACAGGUGAAUUAUACUGGGAUGAUGGUGACAGUUUAGAUUCACUUGAGAAACAGCAAUUCAGAUGGUUGAAUUUCACCGUAAAAGGCCAAAAAUUGAGGAAUCGUGAAGUAGAGAAGGGAAAUUUCAGUCAACAUAUGAUCCUUGGAAGAGUCAGUGUGAUGGGAGUCAGUAGAAAAGUUCACCGUGUCUUCUUGAAUGACAAUAGUUCGAUUCCUUUCACAUAUGAUAUAAGCAGACUGUACUUGAACGUUAAAGGACUCUAUGUGGACUUGAAAAGAAAAUUUACUUUAUCCUGGGCAUUCGAGGAAUAGGACUAGUUCACCGAUACAAUAUUUUUCCAAGAAACUAAAUCGGUUAUGUCACUUCUCUAUUGCUGCAAUACUUGCAUAUGAUGGAAGCGAAUCUGGAUCUGAAGAUAAUUCUCACCCCAUCUUGAACUAGUUUACCGAAGGAAUUUCCGUUAAUCUCGAUGCAUACGGUAUAACUGAAAUAUCGGUACAACCUUAGUAAAUUAAAUUUUUUCUUUGGAUAUUGGAUCACUAUCUAGUCUCCAGUGUAAAAUUAAUUGUACCAAACAAA